AAGAAGAAUCGCGGAAGCGGGGAGAGGUUUCCUGACGGAUCACCGGGCUAACGGAGCAGCAAGCCAAGCUAACAGCCGUCUGAGCACCAGUUUAACAGGUUUAUACCGUCAGACAGAAACCCAGACCGAAGAUUCAAGAUGACAGCCGCACCUUACAACUACUCCUACAUCUUCAAAUACAUCAUCAUCGGUGAUAUGGGUGUAGGGAAGUCUUGUCUGCUGCAUCAGUUCACAGAGAAAAAAUUCAUGGCCGACUGUCCUCACACCAUCGGGGUGGAGUUCGGGACGCGGAUCAUGGAGGUCCACGGUCAGAAGGUGAAGCUGCAGAUCUGGGACACGGCGGGUCAGGAGCGCUUCAGGGCCGUCACCAGGUCGUACUACCGCGGGGCCGCCGGCGCCCUCAUGGUGUAUGACAUCACCAGGAGAAGUACUUAUAAUCACCUCAGCAGCUGGUUGACAGACGCCAGGAACCUGACCAACCCAAACACAGUGAUCAUCCUGAUUGGUAACAAGGCGGACCUGGAGGCUCAGAGAGACGUGACGUACGAGGAGGCCAAACAGUUCGCUGAAGAGAACGGUUUGCUGUUUUUAGAGGCCAGCGCUAAAACAGGGGAGAACGUGGAGGAGGCCUUCCUCGAAGCAGCUAAGAGGAUUUACCAAAACAUCCAAGACGGCAGUCUGGACCUGAACGCAGCCGAGUCGGGAGUCCAGCACAAACCGUCUGCGCCGCAGGGAGGCCGCCUCAACGCCGACAGCCAGCCGGCCAAAGAAGGCUGCAGCUGCUAACCACAGACACGAACUACAGACCCACCGAACAGACGGACGGACGGACAGACAGAUACGUACACAGAGAUCCACCAGACAUGCGUCUUCUAUCCAGAGUGCAUCAGACUGGAUCACACUCAACAGUCAGACCAGCUGUUGAGUUCAGCACCCAAAAUAAGAUUCAACCAUCCUCCCCCAAACCAGACAUUUACCAGCCUUGGUUCAAUCAGGACUCACAAACCCACCAAAUCCAGGUACUAUCCAAUUUUGAUCAGUGUUGGACUCUCAAAUCAGGAUCGGCCCAGACCUGAACUGGAUCCUGGAUCAAGCUGGGUCUCAUUCCAGCUCAGUCACCCGACAACCCUUCCCCCAAACCUGGACUACCCUCCAGAUCCUGCUCCAGGGAGGGUUGAGAGGUUGUCGGGACUACCCUGGUCACUAUUGUUCUCAAGAGACAAAAGAAGAUAGAGGGUUGCCUUAGUUCUGUUUCUGGACAUUGCAAUGGACACAUGCAGAGCCGAGGCUGAACAUGGACCCCAGGUCCAAGUCCAGAGUGCCCUCAGCUCACGUCCAGACCUGCUCCACCAAAAGGUACAGCUCUAAGACCAGCACCAGACCUCCUUGUUACUGGACUUCCCUCUCGACCCCCAUCUCUAAAAUAUCAGUAGCCCAAAUCCAAGUCAGGUCAUCCCUCAAAUUUUGGACCCCUCCUGUCCUGAACACAAAACACUGUAUGCAUAAAGACAAGUAAAGAUGGAAGGCUCAAACCCGGAUUACCCAAGUACGAACUUUGGACAUUCCUGUGGAUGGGUUGAAAGCCUCGCCCCAAGCUGCACUGAGCCCGACCUUACCCCACAUCUGGACUUUAUUGGCCCAAACUGGACCUUUGCCUGGAUUAGGACCCCCCUUAGCCCACAAACCAACAACUAUUUGACCCAACUUAAGUAAGGGUAGUCCAACACCUAAACACCAAUGAGACCAACGUUUGAACCCGCAGCCCAAAGCUGGACUUCACUUAAAAUCAGCCAAGAUCCAACUCUGACAUUUUGAGCCUGGACUUCUCGUUCCAAAUCCAGGACCCCCUCCAGCCCAGAUCUUAUAUCAUAUUUAACUAUAAUCUGAUCUGCUAUAAACCCACCUCUGACCUUCACUCUUUGAUGUGGACUUUUGGACUCAUCAGCGUUCGGUGUGACAUGUCAUCUGUUCAGUUGGAAGCAUCUUAAACAUUCUUGCUUCAAAUUCAUUAAUUCUAACACGGAGCGGCCUCGGCGUCUGAACACACCUCUGGAUUCUUUCUUCCUCUGCUCGAGUUCAUGCAGCAAACUCAUCGUCACCUGUUCGUUAAGCGUGAGUUUCCAGAAAACACAGUGAGCUGCUGACGUGGAUCAGAUCAGAUGCAUUUGCACUGCGGUUGGCGAUGGAGGAGCUUUUUAAAAAAAGAAAUCUGACAAAAUAACUCUGAGAAUGUAAUUUGGCCUGCGUUUGAAAACUUUUAUGAAGGACUGUGAUAAAUGGCGAGCGUGCAGUUUGAAGUAUGGGGCAGUAAUUGGGCAGACAGAUCUGAUGGCUCCAAGUACCUUCAGGAUCCAGUGUUUUGGAGUUUGUCCCAAAUGAGGUUGUUGGAGUCAGGAUGUCUCGGCCCUCGCUGCUUCAGUUUUGACCCGUCCUUUCUUUGACACGUCUCUUGCAGGUUCCCAACCUCAUAAGUGCAAUAUUAAAAGUGUUGUGCACUAUGAGUAAACUCGUUCGGUCACCUUAAAACACAGCUGGAACGCUCACAAAGAAAAAUCAGUAAAUGACAUCAGGAAACAGCCAAGAUUUUUUUUUUAAACUGACCUGAGACCCGAGCCGAAUCCAAAGUCCAUAAAAUGCUUUGGGUCAACGAUGUCUAUCCGAAAUGUUCUCAAGAUCCAAAAUCUAGUAACCCAGCGGCGGUCAGUCAGCUGAUGGUUCAGAGUUCUGGGGUUCUUGUGCAGCUGGCAGGUGAUGAGAUAACAGAUAUCCGGACAGAUACUUUCUCUUUGUGCACUGGUUAUUAUUGACAGUCCGAUUAGCAACUUGAGAUACAAGAAUGAUGUUGGACCUGAGAGUUAAUAUGCUUAAGAACGGGCGGGUGGGUCGGCCCUGUUAAUAGUUUCCAAGAUUGUGUUUUGGUGAAUGCGUUACCCUUCUCUUGCUCUGCAUUCAGAGAGUUUACCUGCAACCAAAGGCUGAUUAAUAUUGAUUUGUCAGUACGACACAAAAGAAGAACUGAAACUAGAACACUUCAGAAUCACCAAAAUCUUGUCCUGUAGCCUACAGAUUCUAGACAUCCUAUGCAGAUAUCUAUUUAUGAAGAUCUGUUUGAAGAACCUACCUGACCAAAUGACUGAACAUUGUUCAGACCUGGCAUUAGUUCGGUUCUUGGUUCAGUCUGUUUAACAAACCUGUGUUCUGACAGGAACCCCGACUCUGCAUCUCCACACUUGCCCCUUUUUCCAUUUUUUUUAGCUAAAUGCUUUGAAUAUUGAUGGUAAUUCGAAGAGAGGAAGCAGCUGAUUGAUGAAGGUGAUGAUGAAGACUAAAUUGGUACCUGAACCAGAAUGUGGAUCAAAGUUCAGAGUCUAUUUUUAUUACUUUUGUCUUGUUGAUUUCUUUUUUUUUGUUUGUUUCUUUUUGAUGUCCCAGCUCCCCUUAGUGGCCCGUUUGUUGCGUCAAGCGCGUGUUAAGGAAAGUAAAAAGUGGAAGCAACUCGAAUUCUGCUUUAUUACAGCAAAACAAAAAUAUUUGGAAAGUUUUACCUCCCAACCUAACAUCAGACUAUUUCCAGCUUAAACUGGCCGAGCCUUGAUACCCUGAGGUCUUUAAAGUUUCAUCAACUAACUGAUUCAAAGUCGAAAUGCAUAAAAGUAAAUCAUAAUGUUAAUAGUGUGAUCCAGCUAGUUCUGUCUGUCAGCACAUUUUGUUCCUUAAACAUUCCAGCAUUAACCAGCUCCAGAAUAAACUUUCUAUCACACUUUUAAAAUAUUAAAAUUCUGUGGUCUUUGAUUAUGAUUAUAUUUUUGGUCACUAGAGGGGAGAACCAAACCAAAACAAGCCGACAGAGUGACAUUUAAUGUUUCAGAUUUACACUAAACUCUUCUGGAUCUCUGCGGUUCAGAUCCUGGUCCGGUGGUCUCGCUCAGAUCUCGUGUACAUAUCCGUCACUGAUCCGGUUAUUAACCCCCGGUUCUGUUUGUGAGUCCAGACGUCACUGAAGACACCAGAACCGCUUCAACACAGAACCUGCUCUCUAACUGUGUCCACAGCCGUCUGAACCAGCGGCGGUUCACCCGUCUCUGUCCUCUGAUUGGUGGACGGCGGCCUUCAACUGUGAUGCUUGAUUUCUGAAUGAAGCCUCCUCCCUCCACCUUACAACACAUCAGACUCCUGUUUUCAGUUUUAUCACCUAAUAACCUGCACGCCGCACGCACUGGGGUACAAAAAACAUUCUUUAGGAAGAGAAGAAACGUUUUAUUAUUGUUGAGGCUUUUUUGAAAGAUUUUAACGAGUUUCCAGAAACCAAAGGGUCACAGACGAGAAGUCACCGAAGAAAAACCUGCAGUUUAAAGUUGUGACCGCCGCCUUAAGCUUCCCUCGCCAAAGGAAAACAAACAUUUAAGAAAUAAUUCAAAAAUAAUUAAUAAACAACAGCAGAGCUGGUCCUGCAGGGGGCAGUGUUGCUGCAGAUUUUAUUUUUAACAGCGCAGCAAAUUCCUAAAUUUUAUCGGAAACAUUUAAAAAUUCCUAACAGCUGAAUUUCUUCUCAUAACGAUGAACAUCGCCGUGCUGUACGUUGCUUUUUUAAUUAAUAUGUUGCAGAAACGGCAUUUUAAAUCUUUACACUAAUCGGCCAGCAGGAGGCGCUGUGGACGCUUGCUGGCUGUGAAACGCUCUGUACAUUUUAUCUUUUUUUUUUUCUUGUAAUGUCUGUUGAUUUUUCUGUCUGCUAAAGUAAAAACAUGCUUCUUAUGAUUCUUUGAUUAUUUAUAUUCUAAAUCUGUAAUGAUUUUCUUCAGCUGUACCUUUUCAUUGUACGACGGCGGGGACGCAGCUCUUUGUAAAUAAAGUAUAUAUCCUGUAUAUAC